AAUCAUGUUAUUAAAGGAUGGAGGAUUGAGAAUAGCCAAUGUGACCAAAGUUGAUGCUGGAAGCUACACGUGCCUGGCCACAAACCAGUUUGGAACUGCCAGUGGCUCAACAAACUUAAUAGUUACAGAGCCAACCAGGAUUACUUUGGCACCUUCCAACAUGGAUGUUGCUGUCGGAGAAAGCGUCGUCUUGCCUUGCCAGGUUCAGCAUGAUCCGAUACUGGACAUCAGCUUCACCUGGUAUUUCAAUGGAACACUCACCGAUUUCAAGAAAGAUGCCUCUCAUUUUGAGAAGGUUGGAGGGAGUGCAUCAGGAGAUUUAAUGAUUAGAAACAUCCAGCUGAAACACAGUGGAAAAUAUGUUUGUAUGGUGAAGACUGAAGUGGAUAGUGUAGCAUCUGCAGCGGACCUUAUCGUGCGAGGCUCACCUGGGCCCCCCGAACAUGUGAAGGUGGAUGAAAUAACAGAUACCACAGCUCAGAUCUCCUGGCAAGAAGGCACAGAUAAUCACAGCCCAGUAACCACUUACACCAUACAAGCAAGGACACCCUUUUCAGUUGGCUGGCAGCGAGUUACAACAGUUCCAGAUGUGAUCGAUGGAAAAACAUUCACAACCACAGUAGUGGAUUUAAAUCCUUGGGUUGAAUAUGAAUUUCGUGUAGUUGCCAGUAACAAAAUAGGAGGUGGAGAACCUAGUUUGCCCUCAGAAAAAGUAAGAACUGAAGAGGCAGUUCCCGAAAUUCCCCCCUCUGAAGUCAGUGGGGGAGGAGGCAGCAGGUCUGAACUGGUCAUAACAUGGGAUCCCAUCCCCGAAGAAUUGCAAAACGGAGAAGGAUUUGGCUAUGUUGUUGCUUUCCGCCCCUUUGGCACCACAACGUGGAUACAGACAGUGGUCACCUCUCCUGACACACCAAGAUACGUCUUUCGGAAUGAAAGCAUCUUGCCCUUUUCACCGUAUGAAGUCAAAGUUGGUGUCUAUAACAACAAAGGAGAAGGGCCGUUUAGUUCAGUAACCACAGUUUUUUCAGCGGAAGAAGAGCCCAGCACAGCACCCUCCGGCGUGUCUGCGACGAGUCUGUCAUCCUCAGUCAUCGAGGUCUCCUGGACAGCCAUUCCCUGGAAGAUGAGUAGUGGAAGGUUGCUGGGCUAUGAGGUUAGGUACUGGAAUAAUGGUGGAAAAGAAGAAUCUUCAAACAGAGUAAAAGCUGCAGGGAAUGAGACAUCAAUAAGAAUAACAGGUUUGAAGAGCAACUUAGCAUACUACACAGCUGUCCGUGCUUAUAACAGCGCUGGAGCAGGUCCCUUUAGUGCCACAGUAAAUGCUACCACAAAAAAGACACCACCCAGUCAACCUCCAGGAAAUGUUGUGUGGAAUGUCAGCGACUCCAGGGUGAUCCUCAGCUGGGAGGAAGUAAGAGCUAUGGAGAAUGAGUCCGAGGUGACGGGGUAUAAGGUUUUGUACAGGACCAGCAGCCAGACCAAUAUGAACAUGCUGAGCACGGACAAGACAACGGCUGAACUGUUCCUCCAGCUUAACGACGACUACAUCAUAGAAGUAAAGGCAACGACUGAUGGUGGAGAUGGCACCAGCAGUGACCAGAUCCUGAUUCCCAGGCUAGCCAGUAUGGAUGCAAGAGGUUCUGGUCCAUCAGUCUUGAAUAUCUUCAGUGUAUCCAGCUUCUUACCAACAGUAUUUUCCUUGACUCUUAAUUCAGUGUUGUGA